AUGAUUUUUUCUGCUCUUCUAACUUCAAUUGCAAUUAAUUUUGGCUUUUGUUCUCUAUUUUUCACCCUGUACUCUAUAUUGAGGAAGCAACCUGGUAAUAUUCUUGUCUAUGCACCACGCUUAGUUUCCGAAGGAAAACUCCAAGAGGGCAAUCAAGAUAACUUGGAACAUUUGUUACCUACUUCUGGUUGGGUGAGAAGAGCAUGGGAGCCUUCUGAUGAUGAAUUUAUAUCAACUGCAGGCUUAGAUGCUUUCGUCUUCAUCCGUAUAUUUGUCUUUAGUUUAAAAGUAUUUGCCUUUGCUGGAAUUGUUGGGACAAUCUUUCUUCUUCCAGUUAAUUACAUGGGGACUCAGAUUUGUGAUGAUUCCGAGUCUCAGAAAACGUCAUUGGAUUCCUUUAGUAUUUCAAACGUUAACAAUGGUUCGCACAGCGCCGUUUAUAUUUUCACUGGGGUUGUUUGCAUUCUUCUAUAUUAUGAGUAUGAGUACAUUGCAUCAAAAAGAAUUGCUUGCUUCUAUUCCUCGAAGCCGGAGCCUCGUCAGUUUAGUAUAUUAGUACGAGGUAUUCCGGUUCCUCCUGGAUGUACAUGUAGUGAAGCUGUCGAACAAUUCUUUAUGGAGUAUCACCCUUCUGCUUAUCAUUCACAUUCAGUUGUUCGUCGAAGCAGCAAACUUCAAAUUCUAGUUACUGAUACAGAUAGACUGUACAAAAGGCUUACCCAAUUGAAAGAUAAAGAAAACUCUCCUCAAAGGCAUAGGCGUGAUGGAUUUUUAGGACUUUUUGGGCAAAAAGUUGAUCUGUUAGAUCAUUACGAAAAGAAAUUGGGAGACAUUGCAGAUAAUGUGAGAAUAGAACAGUCUGCAUUGGCAGGAAAGGAAGUUCCAGCAGCAUUUGUCUCAUUUAAGUCACGAUUCGGUGCUGCAAUAGCUUUGAACUCGCAACCAGGUGUCAAUCCCACACACUGGAUCACCGAACCAGCGCCAGAGCCUCAUGAUGUUUAUUGGCCUUUCUUUUCUGUCACAUUCAUUCGAAGAUGGAUCAGCAGGCUGGCAGUUUUUGUUGCUUGCAUUGCUCUUACAAUUCUAUUUUUAAUCCCAGUUGCAGUAGUUCAAGGCCUUACCCAUCUCGAUCAAUUAGAAACCAUGUUCCCACCUCUGAGAAGCAUACUGAGACUGACACUUGUGAGUCAAGUUAUAACAGGAUACCUUCCCAUUCAGAUUCUACAGUUGUUUCUGUCUUUUGUGCCAGCUAUUAUGAUUUUUCUUUCAUCCUUGCAAGGAUAUAUUUCAUGGAGUCAGAUACAAAAAAGUGCAUGCACUAAAGUAUUAUGGUUUACCAUCUGGAACAUUUUCUUUGCAAACGUAUUAUCAGGGUCGGCUCUCUACCGAUUGAACUACUUUCUUGAGCCCAAAGAGUUUCCUAGAGUACUAGCUGAAGCUGUACCAGCUCAGGCAUCAUUCUUCAUGGCGUAUAUUGUGGCAUUCGGAUGGACUAAUAUAGCAUCAGAACUUUUUCAAUUGAUUCCACUUUCUUACAAUUAUGUAAAUAGAUAUUUUGGUGGAAACUUUAGUGAUGAUUUUGAAGCACCAUCAAUUCCUUACUACAGCGAAAUUCCCAGGAUUCUUUUCUUUGGUCUUCUUGGUGUUACAUACUUUAUCCUUGCUCCUCUCAUACUGCCAUUUAUCUUGGUCUACUUUUGUUUGGGAUACAUCAUUUACCGCAACCAGCUAUUAUAUGUUUAUGUGCAAAAAUUCGAGACUGGAGGAGAAUUUUGGCCUAUAGUACACAACUGCACAAUUUUUUCAAUGGUGCUAAUGCACAUCAUAGUAAUUGGGAUAUUUGGGUUGAAGGAGCUUCCAAUAGCAUCCGGAUUCACUCUUCCUCUUCCUAUUGUCACACUUCUUUUCAAUGAAUACUGCCAGAAGCGGUUCAUUCCUAUAUUCAACGCUUAUCCUGCCGAAUGUUUGAUCAAGAAAGAUAGAGCAGAUCAAAAUGAUCCGAACAUGUCCGAGUUUUAUGAUAAGUUAACCAAUGCAUACAAUGAUCCAGCUCUAAUGCCAAUCAAGUAUCCCGGACGGUUUAGUAGUCACAGAUCUCCCCUACUUGGUAGCUCAGAAUCAAACACUAAUGUUCUUGUAAGUGCAUUAGGCGACAUGCUUGUAUAAGGAAAUUUACCUUAUUUUGUAUCUUCCUUUCAGUUUUUCUGUAAGUAUAUAUAAUAGAUGAUCUUGUCCCUGUUAAUUGUGAUUUCCUGAUUCGU